AGAUGAACAUCAAAUAUUCCAAAAUGGCGGCGCCUCUCUCAUAUCGUCGCUUUCUUCUGCUUGCGAAAAAUGUCUUUUCAUUUAGUGCAUAUAUAGGAAUCAUCAUUGCUUUCGUUCUUUCUUCUUCAUCAUAUGCUUCGGAUAGCAAGGAUGUCGUAGGGUAUAAUCCUACAGGCCCACCUGAACUCCAAUUUUGUACAUUUUUCAACAACCGCGCGCCGGAGGUUCAACCCGACUUAAAGAACUGUACUUGGUUUCGUGAAAACAGUUGCUGUAGACAGAUCGAGAUUGAUGUCACAUUUAGAAAGAUGAAGUCCCUUCCUGGCGCUUCCAAACAAUGUCAACGCUACAUCAACUAUAUCAUGUGUUAUAUAUGUUCUCCUCGUCAGUAUCGAUUCUACUUCCAGCAGCGCCUGACCGUCUGCGAAGAGUUCUGUGACGACCUACUGGAACACUGCAAAACCGCCAUGUUGAAAGGGAGUCCUAUAGGGGACCUGUACACGCAAGGAAAAGACUUCUGUACGAGCAGGCGAAUGGAAAUUGGUAAAUUGGAAGAUGGAAAGUGUUUUUAUUUCAACGAGAGCAUGUCGGACGUGCAAAUAGGAAACAAAGCAGCAAGAUUUGCGCCUAAUUCAUACAGUUUUGUGCUAAUGUUCUGGGUGAUUUUAAUGAGCAACUCUUUCUGGAGAUGAACUGGAUUUUUCAAUCACUUGCCAAAAUUUGAAUUUAUAUAGGCCCUAUGCAAACAAUAUUGAGCUGCUGAAUAGUUUCGUGAGGGAGCGUCAAAUAACCAUAAUCAUUAUCAUCAUUACAACUGGCGACUUAUGAGUGGCGGUAUACGAGUAGGAAAAUCAUUCGAGUCCAACUUCAUCAUAUUCGGUCUGUAAAUAUAGGGUAGCUGUACAUGAACAUCCAAGACUCUACAAACGAUAACGCGUAUUUUUCCAUCUCUGGCCUGUUUAUUCGACAUCUGGGAUCAACGUUCAACCUUCAAGCAGAUUACGAUCUUGAGAAGAUACAUUAAAAAAUCUGUCUCUCUUCUGAGUCUACUUCACCUUCCUGAUGUGUGCGAGGAAUAUAUAUAGCUUGGCAUUAUAACUGGACAGUGAUGGUUACAGCCAACAUGGGAUCAUUAACUAGGUGAAAAAAAAUGAUGAUCCCUAGUUCAUGCUGUUUUUUUUUAAGUAUCCCCCAUUUGAUCUAUUUAGAUUCUGAAAUUCUGGACAGACUACCUAAGUAAAAGUAGUUUGUUUCUCGAUUAUUGAAUACAUAAGUGUAUUUCAAC